UAUAUAUAUAUAUUUUUCAUUUUUACUUUUAUAUAUUUUUUAUGUGGAUGUUGUUGUUGUUCACUUGUUUCUGACAAAUCUCAUAUUCAUUUUCUCUGAAACUCAAAAGCUGUUUUUUUCUGUUGAUUCUCCAUUCCCAAAACCAAACAAACACCUUCUAGUGUUGUGUUGUGAUUCCUCAAAAAGCUACUUUUGUUUUUGUUUCAUCAUCUUAAAACUCACCCUUUUGUUUGUUUUUCCAUUUUCCUAUUCUGGGAUUUUUUUUUGUCAUUGUGUAUAUUGUAAACAAACAAAACUUUAUGAGUUGUGGACCAUUGAUGUAAAGUUCUGAGCUUUUUAUUGUACUUGUUUUUGGGUUACUGUUUUUUUAAGAGCUUCUGUUUUUAAUCAAACAGAAGCUCUUUUUUGUUGAAUUUUUUGAUCUCUUUAGAACAAGAAAAGUUGAGGUUUGUUUUGAAGUUCAAGGGAUCUGAAUUGUGAUGGAGAUAUCAAAGGAAAAGUUGCAGAAAAGUGUUGGUGUUGUUGAUGGAGUUGACUCCAAGUCUUGCUACAUGCAGAAGUUUAGGCUCUAUGAAACUCGUUCGAGAUUCUACAUGAUUGGAAGAGACAAAAGCCGAACAUUUUGGAGGGUCUUAAAGAUCGACAGAUUGGAGCCAUCCGAGUUAAAUAUCGUCGAAGAUCCUACAUUAUACUCAGAAGCCGAGUGUUGUGACAUUUUGAAGCGUAUUCAUGACGGAAACAAGUCCACUGGCGGGCUUAAAUUCGUAACAACUUGCUAUGGAAUCAUCGGAUUUAUCAAAUUUCUUGAGCCAUACUACAUGCUGCUUAUAACAAAACGGAAGAAGAUUGGCACGAUAUGCGGACACGAUGUAUAUGCUAUCACAAAGAGCGAAAUGGUUCCGAUUCCACAUCCAAGUGUGCGAUCGAAAUUGGCAUAUUCUAAGGAUGAGAACAGAUACAAGAAGCUUCUAUGCAGUAUGGAUCUUACAAAGGACUUCUUUUACAGCUACUCGUACAACAUCAUGCUAAGUCUUCAAAAGAACUUAUCUGGUCAUAAUGUUAUGGGACAAUCACUUUAUGAAACACUUUUUGUUUGGAACGAGUUCUUAACUCGUGGAAUCAGGAAUACACUCCAGAAUACUUCCUGGACUGUUGCCUUAGUCUACGGCUUUUUUAAACAGGUUAACCUCUCUAUAUCCGGCCGUGAGUUCAAUAUGAUUAUUAUUGCUAGGCGCUCAAGGCACUAUGCUGGUACCAGAUAUUUGAAACGAGGAGUCAACGAACGUGGUAGAGUUGCUAAUGAUGUUGAGACGGAGCAAAUAGUCUUUGCAGAUGCUAGUGAUGGAUCCCCGAUGCAAAUCAGUUCGGUGGUGCAAAUACGGGGUUCAAUCCCUCUCUUCUGGUCUCAGGAAGCCUCGCCGUUGAAUAUGAAACCUGAUAUUAUAUUAUCUCAAAAGGAUGCAAUGUUUGAAGCCACAAGACUUCAUUUCGACAAUCUUGUCAAGCGAUACGGAAAUCCGAUAAUUAUACUGAACUUGAUUAAGACUCGUGAGAAAAAGCCUCGUGAAACUAUCCUGCGAACCGAGUUCGCUAAUGCUGUUAAGUCUAUUAAUCAAAAUUUGAGCGGGGAUGAACGCCUGAGGUUUCUUCACUGGGAUCUGCAUCGACACUCAAGACGCAGCAAGGCCACCAAUGUGCUAUUGCAGCUGGGAAAAGUGGCCGCGUUUGCGUUGAAGCUAACUGGCAUCUUCUACUGUCCAGUUACACCAAACAUGAAGCUAGAGGGAUUAUUCCCAUAUUCGUUCUCCGAAAAUAACAACGUCAUUGAUAAAAACAAAGAUCACAGUGGCGAUGACGGGAACAGAGAUUACAGUGUCAAACCGAAGACACUUCAAUCAGGCGUGUUGAGGACAAAUUGCAUAGAUUGUUUAGACCGCACCAACGUUGCGCAAUAUGCUUAUGGACUAGUUGCACUUGGAAGUCAGUUACAAGUGUUAGGAUUUACUGAAAGCCCGCAUAUUGAUCUUGACGACCCUUUGGCAAAGGAAGUGAUGACAGCUUAUGAGUCCAUGGGAGACACACUAGCCUUUCAAUAUGGCGGUUCUGCAGCGCACAACAAGAUAUUUUCUGAAAGAAGAGGUCAAUGGAAGGCAGCAGCACAAUCCCAAGAACUUAUUCGAACCAUACAGCGUUAUUACAACAAUACGUAUUUGGACGGUGCUAAACAAAAAGCCAUUAACAUAUUCUUGGGGCAUUUUCAGCCACAGCAGGGAAAACCAUUACUUUGGGAGCUUGAUUCAGAUCAACAUUACAAUGUUGGAAAUUAUGGACCAAAUUUAGCGGACGGAAUUGAUGGGUCAUUUAUUAGAAGAUCACAAUCCGAUGGUGAUAUUAUCAGCGAAAGUGAUGCUACAAUUAGGAAUUUGCAUGCUCCAGACUGUCAACACUCGUCUAAAAAUCCCGAUAAACGAUCUCUUUUGAAGUCUAGUUCAGACACAUUCACUUGUGAAAGUUCUAUUUGUCAUUGCAGGCAAAUUUAUGGAGGAAUGGGAAAGGACCAAUUUCGUGAAAGCGAUCACAUUUGUUAUGCGGAACAUGGAGAUGCAUGUGAUUGCUCCAAUUUCCUCGAUGUGGACUCGCUUUCUUCUGGAAAUUCUUGUGAAGAGGAACUACUUGAAAGGUCAAUCAGCAUCUCCUCAGACAACAUUGUGAAUGAACAAAUAACUGAGGCGCCUGCAACUGAAUCUGGACCUAUCUUGAAGGAGAGGCAAAGUGAAGAAAAACAUAGUGAUAGCUUUGAAAAGUGGGUGACUCAUGGUGAGAUGCUUUAUGUUUGAGACUAGUAUCAUCUUGUCCGAAGGACGAGGAAUUCAUGACUUUGAUGUACAGAAAAAUAAAUGGUAAGAUAUAAUCGAAAAGCUAAUACAAGUUGCAGAAGCUAAGAAGCUGAUUUUUGUUCAACAGAGCAAUUGAGUUACAUAUUUAUAUUUUCAUUUGGGAGGUAGUGGUAGAGAUGUUAAUAAGUCAUGAAAAUUUUUGUGCCUCACCAUUUAGGUACACAUUAUAUUAUAUCAUACAUUCAAAAUUAUCAAUCAUGUAUAUAGUUUAAUUUCAUUGAAAAGACAAAAAAAAUACAUAGCUGGUACCCAGAUUAUUACAA